AUGGAUUCGAUCGCACGCAAUCAGCUUACCGCGGCCGACAUUCGGCGUCUGGAGGAUGGGCCCCAGAAUCCUCUUACAGACAAGCCCUGGCCUUCAAACCACCAGGAAAUUCUCAAUACGCGCCGCAGGUUGCCAGUCUAUGGCAAAUACGAAGAAAUCCUGGGCGUCUACCAUCAAUCCCAGGUGAUGAUCCUGUCGAGCGACACGGGAUCCGGCAAGUCCACGCAGGUCCCGCAGUUGCUCGUUUAUGACGAGUGGGCCAGCGGUCUCCAAGUCGCCUGUACACAGCCACGUCGCCUAGCUGCCAGAGAGCUAGCCGAUCGUGUUGCUGAUGAGAUGGGCGUGAUCUAUGGCGAAGAAGUGGGCUCGCAUGUGCGCUUCGAGCCUAAGACUGGAAAGAAGACGCGGUUGGUCUACAUGACCGAAGGAAUUCUCCUUCGCAAGGCAAUUGGCACCGACAAAAAUCUAAAGGAUUUUGCGUGUGUGAUAAUCGAUGAGGCGCAUGAGCGGACGGCCAAUACCGACUUGCUCCUUGCCUUGCUCAAGGGUAUCGUGGCCCGUCGUCAAGACUUCCGGGUCAUUAUCAUGUCAGCCACAAUCGACGCCGACGAAUUCAAGCGGUACUUUAACGACUGCCCUCUCCUCCAUGUCCCUGGCCGAAGCUACGACGUCGAGCAACAUUAUCUGGAGCUUGGGAAUGAGCAACCAGACUGCAUAGUCUCGUGCGCGCGGUCGGCCGCGCAGAUACAUCACGAAGACGGUCCAGGUGACAUUCUCAUCUUCAUGCCCGGCGAGGACGAAAUCGCAGGCGUAUGUGAAAUUCUUCGCCUGAACACCACCAACCUCACUGUGUUCCCUCUUCACUCUAGCCUCCCCCAAGCAAUGCAGAAGCAAGCGCUGGAGGAAUGUCAAACUCGGAAGUGUAUAGUCGCCACCAACAUCGCCGAGACAAGCCUAACAAUUGACGGCAUUGUCUAUGUUAUCGACUCUGGCCUCUCUAGACAGGAAGUGUAUAAUCCGCGUCUGCAAAUGCAUAUGCUUCAAGUUCGGACUAUCUCACAAGCAUCUGCACGGCAGCGGGCCGGCCGCGCCGGCCGAACGCAGAAAGGCGUCUGCUUCAGAGUUUACACCCAGGCCGCGUUCGAUAACUUUAUACCGUCCACACGACCCGGGAUUCUUUGCCAACAACUGGAAUCGACUAUCCUGACUCUCGCAGCUGCUGGUCACAGCAAGGUCAUGGACUUUGACUGGAUCUCCCCGCCUCAUCCCGAGUCGGUCUCUCGUGCUGCCUAUAACCUCCACAAAUGGGAAUUUUUAAGUGUUGAUGGUGCUCUCACUCCUUCUGGUAUCCACGCUGCGAAGUGUCCACUGGACCCAAUGUGGUACCGCGCCCUCGUAGUUGCUACUGCUCAUGGCUGCACCAUGGAUAUCUUGGAUCUUGCGUCCAUCUCCUCUGUACAGGGCUCAAUUUUCACACGUCCGAAGAAGUUCCAGCAGGUCGCAGACAUAAGGAAAAACAAAUGGGCCCAUCCAUCCUCCGACCAUCUAGCUUUACUGAAUGCUUUCCAUGCUUUUGAGAAUGCAUGGGAAGAGAGAAACAACCCUGGAGUGGACCUUGACAAAUGGUGUUUCGACAAUUUCCUGAAUCGCCGUGUCCUCGAAGAAGUUGCGCAGAUUCGUAAGGACCUCAUCGGAUUUCUUCGGCUAGUCAAAAUGAAGCCAACACGAGCAAGCAUAACGAACUCAGUCAGUAUCCGCAAGACACUAGCCAUUGCAUUUUGCACGCAUCUCGCCAUCCUAUUCAAAAACGACGAAUAUCGGACCGUCCCUGGCAACUCCCCCGGACUUCUUGAGCCUACCAGCGGUCUCAACGGCAGAGGAUCGCAGUGGAUCGUCUUCAGCACGUACCGUCUUUCUGGCGUCAAACCGUAUUUUCAACCUGCAACCGCAAUUGAUCCAGAAUGGCUCGUGGAACAGCACAUAUUCAAAACUGAGGACCUUCCUAAGAAAGGGGAUGGUACAUUUAGACAACAGUGGGCCAAGGAGUCUCUGGACAAGGCAGGCGCACGCGCGCAAGCAGAUUAG